GUGCGCCAUUCUCCACAAGGCAAAACCUUGAGUGAACCCUAAAAAUGGGGGUUCACAAGCAAAACCUCCUCUUAAAUCUCUCCAUCAUACUUCUCCUCUUCGCCGCUUUUGCCGCUUCUUGCUUCGCAAAUAAUGAUGAAUAUGCCCUGGGCAAUGGCGAAAGGAAACCACCAAAACGACCACCUCCACCAAAACGACCACCUCCGAGACAGCCACCAAGACCACCUCCUAGACCGCCUCCAAGACCGCCUCCACCCAGACCGCCGCCUCCUAGACCGCCUCCGCCCAGACCGCCGCCUCCUCCGCCAAGACCUCCACCACCUAGACCGCCGCCUCCUCCUCCGCCAAGACCUCCUCCACCAAGACCUCCACCACCUAGACCGCCUCCUCCGCCGCCAAGACCUCCACCACCUAGACCGCCGCCUCCUCCUCCGCUGAUACCGUCGCCUCCGCCGCCGCCGAUGCCGAAUCCCCCGCAGCCGACUUGUCCCGUCAAUAUUAUCGACUUUUUAGGGUGUGCUCGGGCCCUGUAUGACGUGAUUGGUGGAGGACCGAUCGAAGCGGUGAAAGAAACUUGCUGCCCUGUCGUGGAAGAUCUUUCCGAUUUCGACGCAACGAAUUGUCUCUGCAAAUCCAUUAAAAGCGUAUUUCCUGCCGUUUUUCAACCGGGCGUCUUCAUCGUUGGCCUCGAGGCUCUUGCUCAGUGUGGCAAGAUACCACCUAUCGGGUACCAGUGUACUUGAAACUCAAAGACUCUGCUUGCAUCAGAGGGUUCGUGUCAGUUUUAUGUGUGUUUGGUAAUAAGGAAGUUCAUGGGUCGUUUGGUCCGGAGUUCCAGUUUGUACUGUAGUAAGUGUUGUCUACCUUGUCUUUUGUCGUGUUCGAGCCCAUGUUUGUUAUAAAUAAUUAUGCGUUGGCUUAGGGUUAGGAGAUUGAUUUGUGAUACAAUAUCGUUGAUCUCUUCAUCUUUUUGUCCGACUCUGUAUGUGUUUGUAUCCAUGUAUGUGGUGCAAUAAAAUGGCCACUAUCGUAAUGUGUAAAAAAUGUCCAAUACCAAGGUGAAUAAUGUA